AUGCACGGUCGAUUCCAAUGGGCCCGAGCGCUCAUCGAUCAAGGAUCUGUGUCAUCCUUUAUAACCGAAAAUUUAGUGCAGUCAUUAAGACUUCCGAAAUUAAAUACCGCUGUUAGGGUAACAGGUAUCGGCGAAACGCAGACAAGCGUUCGACAUGCCGUUCAUCUAACGAUAACUCCCAGCAACGCGGACACUCCGGUUUAUAGAACCACCGCGUUAAUUUUAAAAUCGUUAACUCGAUAUUUGCCAAACCGUCUCGACAUUCCAGAGCAAUGGCCGCAUUUGAAUGGCCUUUCGUUAGCUGAUCCCGAUCCCGCAGGAUCAGAUCCAAUAGAAAUAAUUAUCGGAGCGGAUCUUUUCGGGUCACUCAUCCUCGACGGCGUUCGAAAAGGCGCGGUUGACGAACCGAUCGCUCAAAAUACCGCGCUAGGCUGGAUCAUAUCCGGACCUAUAGCGCAACUCAGACCGCUCUCGCAGUCGUCCAUUGGAGUACAUCAUUGCUCUGUUACGGAUGAUCUCAAUCAAACUCUCCGCCGAUUUUGGGAAAUCGAAGAAAUUCCCGCUUCAUCGAAAAUAACUAGUGAAGAAAAGGCAUGCGACGACCAUUUUAAUUCGACACACUCUCGAAAUUCUGAAGGUCGCUAUAUCGUCAGACUUCCAUUUAAACACGGACCUCCACUCAACAUUGGAGAAUCUCGACAUUCCGCGCUUCAGAGUUACCUUCGCACGGAAAGCCGCAUUAAAACAGAUUCAUCGAAAUCGUCGGAAUAUCAUAAUUUUUAA